AUGGCCGCCGGCCAGGUGCGGGUCCGGGAGGCCGCCGACACGGACUGCGGGGACGUGAUGAGGAUGAUCCGGGAAUUAGCCGAAUUCGAGAAUCUCACCGAUCAGGUGAAGAAUACCGAAGAAGGCCUGAAGGCCGACGGCUUUGGAACGAACCCAUUUUUCCGAUGUUUGGUCGCCGAAGUUCCCCCGGAGCGGAGGAACCCAAACGGUCCCAGCGUGGUGGGCUUCGGCCUUUACUAUUUCAUCUACAGCACCUGGAAGGGACGAAGCAUUUACCUGGAGGAUUUAUACGUGAUGCCGGAAUACCGGGGUCAAGGGAUUGGUUCCAAAAUACUCAGUAAAGUGGCCGAGGAGGCCUUGGCAAACGGCUGCUCCCAGUGUCGCCUGGCAGUGCUGGACUGGAAUCAGCAGGCUGCCCGCUUCUACAAGGCUCGCAAGGCCGAGGACCUGUCUGCCACCGAGGGCUGGCACACCUUCCUCUUCAACACGGCUGCCCUCAAGGAGCUGGCAGGAAAGUGACGGGCAUCGAAGGAUCAUCGCCCUCUUGCCAACCCCCUUUCCCCCCCCCAGCCUGACCUCCCGGGGGAGAAAUCUAUGUUCUCUGCCCCCCAGCCCACUAUUCUUCAUUCGCUCUCUCUGUGGUCUCGGGAAAACCCCACCUCCCAAAUUCCAGUCGUCCUACUUUCAAUCAAUCGUAUUUAUUGAGCGCUUACUUUGUGCAGAGCACCGGACUAAGCGCUUGGGAAGUACGAGUUGGCAACCUAUAGAGACGGCCCCUACCCAACAGUGGGCUCACAGUCUAGAAGGGUUUCCCUCGCCCCAUCCCGGCAUUCCCUGACUCCUCCAAACUGAUUGCUCCUAGUGGAAAAAUAAAGGGCAGUUAGUUUGGUGGGGAAGAUUCAUUAGGGGAAAAGUGACAAGGACUUUGCCCCCAUCGGAUGAAAAAUAAACCCGAAUCACUAGGAAGAGGACCCUAUUAUUCGCUCCCCUCAGGAAAGGAGAGAAGCAGCAGCAAUGAAAUACUUCACGGCCUGGAGAAUUAAUGCUAGGGGCUCGCUUGGGUUGUCAGAGGUGUCCAAAUAAUUCAUUCAGUCGUAUCUACUGAGCACUUACUGUGUACAGAGCACUGUACUAAGUGCUUGG